UUACAGACAUCUGAAGCAGGUAUGGUGGAUGUGACAGCAGCAACGCAGUGCAGCAGAAGUGGGACAUGUGCAACUCACAAUACAGCAGGUGGUAGACAUGUUUGUUUUCAUUUUCAGGCCAAGAGAAAGUUAUAUUUGUUCAGGUGCAGUUACUGUUUAUUACUAAAUUGAUUGAAUAAGACCAAUCUUAGAUGAUUUUACAACUGGAAGCAACUAAAAUAGAUACAUUAUUUAUAUAUAUAAAAAAAUAACUUAUAAAACUAUCAUCUUUUUUCCAUCUUCUUCUGUUAAAGUGAUAAAAAAAAAUAUAGAAAACUUUUUUUUUUUUUCACUAGAAAGUGUUCCUGGAAGCAGACCAAUGGGAAGCCACGUAAGGACGUUUUACUUCCCUUCCAGAAUUCCUAUUGGUUGGACAGCGAAAGAUGUGGGCGGUCCUAAGGAAAUACCUUACCAUAACAAGCUCCAUGCGUGCACUAACACGAGCUGAAGGAAAGCUCGCAGGAGGGUGAAAGUUUGAGCGGCGAGGCUGAAAAUCAAGCGAAUGGCCCGGCUAAGUCGAGUUUGAACCCUCAGUCGUUACUCAGCGGGAGCUGAAGGUUCCCUGGUUGCAUGACAAUGGACCCUAACAGUCAAAGCAAGAUGACCUCCUCAUACGCCCCAGCUAACCUUGAGACCCAAAGACUGACUCCGCAGAAAGCCCCAGGCUGCAGCUGGCUGGUGGUGCUGGCAGCUGUCUCAGCUUCCCUGAGUGGCCUGAUGUUGGGCUAUGAGAUGGGCCUGACCUCUGGGGUCCUGCUCCAGCUGCGGGGUAUCCUCUCGCUGUCCUGCAGAGAGCAGGAACUGCUCGUAAGCUCCCACCUGCUCGGCGCUCUGCUCGUCUGUCUGGCUGGAGGCCCCAUUCUGGACCGCUACGGCCGCCGUUGUUCGUUGUUCGUCAGCGCCGCCAUGGUAGUUGGAGGAACCCUGGUGCUCAUUUCCGUCACUUCGCUUAUUGCGCUCACGCUGGGGCGUGUAAUAGUUGGCAUGGGGACGGCUCUGUCGGGGACAGCAGCUUGUCUUUACAUUGCAGAGAUUUCCCCGAGGGAGAGGAGGGGACUGCUGGUGACUCUGUACGAGCUCAUGCUGGUUGUCGGCGUGAUGCUGGGAUUUGGCUGCUGCUACGCCUUUGCCACCGUGCCGCAUGGCUGGGCCUACACAUUUGGGCUUGUGAUUCCUCCAGCACUGCUCCAGAUUGGUGCACUGGUCUUCCUCCCGCCCAGCCCACGCUUCCUGGUUGCUCAGGGCAAGGUGGAGCAUGCCCGGGCAGUGCUGGCCAGAAUGAGAAACGGUCACAUGGAGCACGUGGGAACCGAACUCAGGGACAUCCAAGCUGGACUCAAGGAGGAAUCCGAGCACAGUUUCUGGGAGCUGUUUAGUGACAAAGCUAACCUGCGCUCGCGUCUGCUCACCGGUGUGGCUUUAGUUUUCCUCCAGCAGGCUACUGGACAGCCAAACAUCCUCUCCUAUGCUUCCCCACUCCUCCGCAGUGUUGGGUUCAACAGCGACGCCGCAGCAACAUUGGCCUCCACGGGGUUCGGAGUGGUCAAAGUGGUGGGCACCAUUCCCGCAGUGUUGCUGGUGGACCGCGUGGGACCAAAGAGCUUCUUGUGCGUGGGAGCAGUCUCCAUGGGGCUGUCUCUGGCCGCGCUCGGCACACUGACACUGCAAAGCCGCACUCACCUCACAAGCCUGUGCAAAAGUCAGACAGUGGAGAACAGUACUGAGGUGCUGUGGAGCUUGAACACAACCUCUGAGGACUUUGAGGAUGGUGGCAUCUUUUCCACGCGCCUUCCCAACCAGUGGAUCGCUGAGGAAAUACAGAGGACUGGCACUGAGGGGAGUGAGAUAAGAGACUCUGAGGGAGAGAAAAACCAAGGGGUGUCUUCUUCACUCCAAUGGGCUUCAUUGAUCAGCCUUUUAGUAUAUGUGGCAGCCUUCUCUAUAAGCCUUGGGCCAAUGGUGUAUGUGGUCCUCAGUGAGAUCUUUCCCAUGGGAGUCCGAGGCCGAGCUGUGUCCGUGGUGUCUGCCGUCAACUGGGCCACAAACCUGCUCAUCUCCAUGACUUUCCUCACCAUCACAGAAAAAAUUGGCGUACCCAGUGUGAUGUUCCUUUACGCCGGCAUGAGCUUCGUUCUGCUGGUGUUUGUCAUCCUCUGCGUGCCGGAGACGAAAGGUCGCACGCUGGAGGAGAUUUCCAAAGAGCUCGCUAAAAAGAAAAAAUUUCAGCUGAGUCUUUUUCGACAAGCCCCGCCCCAAGAGAGUCUGAUCAGGAGCACAUCGACGCAGAUUCCAGCCAACCCUUGACUCCAAAAGGGCCAACCAAGAAUCACUGUACACUUUCCAAAUGUCUUUGUAUGUUGUACGGACCAGACCGGGGACGCCAAAACUUAAGAAAAAUGUGAACUAACCUCUCCAAAAAAGAAAAAAGGAUUUUUUCUUAUUGUUUGGAUGUUAAAAGAAACGUUUCACAUUUAGCUUUUUUUUUUUUUAAGUAAGAUUGUAAAAAUGAAAAGGAUUGAAUUCUGGUUCUGUUUGACGUUUUGAGUGAAAGUACAAAUUUGGAAAAAGAGCUCAGAGAUCAAACCAGUUAAGUCAGUUUGACAACUUCCUUUUUUUUAAUUAUUAUUCCAGGGGAACAUGCAUUUUAAUUCAAGAUCUUGGCAAGAAAUAUCAAUACUGACAAAUUCAUGGAUAUACUUAGGAGUAACUAGAACUACAUUUUCUUUCUUUUUUUAUUAGAUGUUUUAACAUUUGAUGCCAAAAUUAUGCCAAGAAAAUAAAUAGGUGUAAUAUUUAGUGAUUCAAUUCUAUAAUUAAUAUGCUCAAUUUGCACAUUUUUUUUAUUUGUACGUAAGUGCCUAUAGAUUUUUACCAAAUGCAGCAUUGUAGGAAAUGUAACUUUCUCUCUGACACUAAAACACUCCAUCUGUGUGUACACAAAAUGAACAUCAGUCCUUUCAUGGAAUUUUUCUGUUUUUAUUUUCAUAGAAAAAUUCAAGUGUUACAAAGUUUUCUUGAGACCAUUUGAGAAAAAAAAAAAUCACACAAACAGACAACAUAUCAAAGUUGGUGCACACAUUUUAUACAGUCAGCAGAAUGAUAAUUUUCUUAGACAGUUGUGAGGUUUUUUUAUCAUGAUGUAAUGCAAUAUAUUUGAAGUUUCUGUGAAAAUUUACACAAAUUCAUUUCUCUCCGUUUUUACAUGAAAUACUUUUGUAAAUCUGCCAGGUGUGACUCCAAGGAGUGGCUGCUUAUGUAAUACAAACUCUUUAACUCUUUGCUGCUGCUUCCUGCAAAAACAAGCCAAUUCUGCACAUUUUAUGGAUCUCGUACAUUUUUUAAAAAAUGGAAUAAAAAGAUCAACCUGA